GGACAUAGAUCCAUCCGGCUUCAAAGUCGUCUUCGGGAUCUUGCUUGCUUCUGAACAAUUCGAUUUUUGAUAUUGUUUCCAAGAGGAGUACCUGGAUAACUGGGGGCUCACAAUGGUUGUCCUCGCAGCGUCCAUAUGCACAAGGGGUGGUAAAGCUGUCCUAUCCCGUCAAUUUCGAGAGAUUGCUCGAUCGCGCGUGGAGGCUCUAUUAGCAUCAUUUCCUAAACUCGCCGACUCGGGUACUCAACAUACCACUGUGGAGCAAGACAAUGUUCGAUAUGUUUACCAACCACUCGACGAGCUCUACAUGGUCCUCAUAACCAACCGGCAGUCAAACAUUCUCCAGGACAUCGAUUCACUCCAUCUAUUUGCUCAGGUGGUUACAAGCAUUUGCAAAAGCUUGGAUGAAAGGGAGAUUGUGAGGAACGCAUUCGAGCUAUUGAGUGCUUUCGAUGAAAUCGUCACUUUGGGCUAUAGGGAGAAUCUAUCCAUAAACCAAAUUAAGACAUUUCUUGAAAUGGAGAGUCAUGAAGAGAGGAUACAAGAGAUUAUUGCGAGGAACAAGGAACUUGAGGCGAGCGAAGAGCGUAAACGGAAGGCCAAACAAUUGGAGCUUCAACGAAAGGAGAUGUCACGAGGCAGUCGUGUGGUGUCUCCUCGAACGCCACAGUAUCCGACGUACACACCGCCGUCCCGGCCUAAGCCGGAAAUGUUUGACAGUUACGAGGCCGAAAAGAACAAAACUUACAACAGACCUACUGCACCAAAAACCAAGGGUUUGCAACUUGGGAAGAAAUCAAAGACCACGGAUAUGUUCGAACGAGUGCGUGGAGAGCUUGGUCCAGAGGCGGAAGAGUCUGCUCCGUUGGUUUCCAACGCGCCGGCAGCCGUCGAGGUUGCCUCUCCUCAAAGGGUGUCAUCGACCUCGGAUCGCGACGCUAUUCGUGUCACAGUCUCAGAAACAAUAACCGCAAAGCUCUCGAGGGAGGGAUCUUUGAAGUUCUUCGAAGUCAAGGGUGAUCUUCAACUCCGUAUCAGCGACGCCACACUUACAAAGGUCAGACUUGAUCUCAUCGCGGAGUCAGACAAUGGAGCUCAGUUUCGGACACAUCCCAACGUUGAUCGAACCUUGUUCAACAACGAGAAGGCGAUUCAACUCAAAGAUCCAUCCAGAGGUUUCCCGCCAAACAAUUCCGUUGGUGUUCUCAGAUGGAAAGCCAAUGCAAACGCCAACGCUGCUGAUGUCCUUCCAAUAACUUUCACCGUCUGGGUGAAUAAGAACGACGAGGACUCCUUCACGAUCACCGUCGAGUAUGAGCUGACCAGUGUAGACACGCUCAACGAUGUGAUGGUCACUAUACCAUACUCCACAAAUGAGCCGGUUAUUUCCAGCUUCGACGCAGUAUACGAAGUUUCAGGGGAUUCAUUGCUAUGGAAUAUAGGUUCUGUAGACGAGUCCAACCAGACUGGAGCUUUCGAAUUUGAAGCUCAAGCAGAAGACGAAAGCGAAUUUUUCCCCAUGAGCGUUCGCUUUUCGAAAACCAAUCCUUUUGUGGAUGUCGAUGUUUCGUCGGUCACAUUACUUGAUAUGAAUGAGGAAGUGUCGUUUUCCAAGGAUAUUAGAUCCGUUACUGAUUCCUACACCAUCGAGUAGGAGAAGGUAGCCUAGAUAUCAAUUGCGCGGGUGAUUGGCGCAAAAGGCCGGACACCUUCCUCUGGCGCGUGCUGAAUUUGGCCCGUUCUCAGAUGGCGAAGGCUUUGCUUGUACUUGCUUGAUUGAAUGGAUUAGUAAUCUCAACCACUUUAAGAAUGUAUGCGUGUGCAAUUUAGCAGUAGUGAAGAAUAUCUUUGCAAUCGGGAGUGGGGAGA